CGUUGAGUAAACUAUGGGGAAGCUGCUAGAUUUAGUAUGAAGCCAAAUAACUGUUUUCAGCGAGCUUUGUGUUGAUGAACGCCACUCAUGGAGUGUCCAGUCUGUAGUUGUGCUAUACCACAGAGGAACAUUGACAGCCACUUAGACAUCUGUCUUCUGAGAGUGGAGAAGAAGGAGUCAUUGAGAAGUUCUGGAGUGAAACCAAACAUAUUGCUUGAAGAGGCUCCGCCCAAAAAGUCAAGCCCGAAGUCCACUGCAGUCUCAACAGAGCUAGAAGACAAAGCCAUCAUAUUCCAACCAGAAUUGUCUUCCAGUAAAAACAGGGCUCUUCAGCUUGAUACUGCCAGUACAAGAUCUCCUGACCUAGAAACUGAGAACUCAAGACCAGAAGAAGCCUACGAGAGUACAAAAGAAACUUCUGGAAAGGUUUCAGACAAGGAUUCUGAUAGUUGUAUAAAGGACAGUCGUGUGCUACAACCACUGACCAACGGCUUACCCACUCCAUUGAAACACUCUGAAACAGGAUCAGUUUGUACCACAACAGAAAAACCUACAUUGAGUGAACAGAAGCUGGCCUUAGGUUUAAGUGAAGAAAACAUUUCUGUGGACAAUUCUUUUACUUCUGCUGUAUCUGAUCUUACAUCAUCCUUCCAGAGUUUUGAGAACUCUCCAAACUAUCCUCAGCACCCAGAGAGUAACUCUGCUCAGAAACCCUCCAAAGUUGUUGGCUGUAGUCCACCAUUAUCAGAAGCAGGAACAAAGGAGAACAUCAGAAGUGCAGAGAUGAGGGAAUAUCAGAGAGCAAGCCCAGAGCCAGGGACAACUGGCAGUGAACCAUCCAGCCCUAAACCAGUUGAGGAGGUAGCCAAAGGUGUAGAAGAGUCCUCGGCUGGAUCGUCCCAUUCUGACCCGAAGGGGACGGAAAACAAGAAUGGUGCGCCUGACCUCAUUACAGCCGCCAUGCUGGAAGAGGAAGAGAAACUGCACAAAGAACUGGAGGAGGAGGAGAAAGAAAGGAUGGAGAGAGCCAGGGAGCAGUGGGACAAGAGUCUGAAGGAACAGAGGUUGUCUCGACUUACCCAUCUGCUGAAGAAGAGCAACACCUACACUGAGUUCCUCCUCAAGCGGAUGGAGAGGCAGGCAGAGGAGGCCAAGCGGAAGGCGGAAGCUCGCAGGAAACGGUUAGAGAAGCAGGAGGAGAAGAAACGACAAAAGGAGGCCGGGGGGAAGGAAGGUAGUGUCCGCCGCAGCGACAGACGCGGCCAGGACAGUCGCAGCCCCGUCAAAUCUACACCCAAGUCUCCAGGACGAAGCAAAGCGGCAGCCAAAGUAAAGACAGAACCAGAAGAAGCAGGUUUUUCAGAAGAUGGCAAACAGGCCAAGAAGAGAAAACGAGAAGACGACUCAGAGUACUGCCUGGCCGAUUACAUCAGUAAAGAAGAGCUGGAGAAGAAGAAACAGAAGAUAGGAGAAGAAAAAGUCGUUCCGGAGGCACCAGAAGAAACGACCGUUCCUCGUUCCAUAGUGCAGAUCAUGGAGAAGGAGAAGCCAACAGACACCUUCCACAGAGUCAUUGAUGGAAAGCCUGUGUCAGACAGACAGCCUGAGCUGUUCAGUGGAGGGGUGCUGAGGGAGUACCAGCUACAAGGCAUGGACUGGAUGAAGGUUCUCUAUGAGAAUGGAGUGAACGGCAUCCUGGCAGAUGAGAUGGGCCUGGGAAAGACUGUGCAGUGUAUCGCCCUGUUUGCAGAGCUGAUCGGUGAGGGGAUGAUCGGACCGUUCAUGAUCGUAGCACCGCUCUCUACCCUGUCCAACUGGUACUCUGAGUUCCGCAGAUUCAGUCCUAAGGUCCCAGUUCUCAUCUACCACGGCACUCAGGCACAGCGCACCAAGCUUCGCCGCAAGAUCUUCAGGGUACAUGGUGAGCUGGGCGUCCAUCCCAUAGUCAUCACGUCCUACGAGAUCACGAUGCGAGACAGUCGCUUCCUGGCGGUCCACCACUGGAAGUACAUCAUCGUGGACGAGGGACAUCGUAUCAAGAACCUCAACUGUAGACUCAUCAGGGAGAUAAAGAAGAUCCCUACAGCCAACAAGAUCCUGCUGACAGGAACUCCCCUACAGAACAACCUGGCUGAACUCUGGUCUCUCCUACACUACCUACUGCCGGAGGUGUUCGAUGACUUGGGGAGUUUUGAGGAGUGGUUUGACUUCACGUCCAUCGGUGAGGAGGGGGGAGAGGAGAAGAUCGUGGAACAGGAAGAGGAGAAGAAUGUACUGGGCAUGCUCCAUCAGGUCCUGACGCCCUUCGUGCUGCGUCGUCUGAAGACUGAUGUGGACCUGAACAUCCCGCCCAAGAAAGAACUCCUGGUGUACGCCCCCCUCACCUCUCAUCAGCAGACCUUCUACAAGGCCACCAUGGACAGGACCAUCAUCGCCAUGCUCAAAGACAAGGACGAGAAGCCCUUGGAGCUGUCGGAGAAGGGCCGGCCCAAGAGACGGGCGGCGAAGAAGGUGGACUACCAGCUGAUGAUGGAGGAUGAGAGGGAUGACGGGCAGUCAGAGGAGGGCAUGCUGGAGUGGGUGGAGAAAGUCGCAGAGGCUUACAAAAGGGAGGUUGUAGAGGCUGGUCCAAAGACUGCUCAGCUGAACCUGAACCUGAAGAACAUCAUGAUGCAACUCAGGAAGAUCUGUAACCACCCCUACCUCAUAGAGUACCCACUGGACCCUGCCACCCAGGACUUCCUGGUAGAUGAGAGACUAGUGGAGAGCAGUGGGAAGUUGUUACUGUUGGACAAGAUGCUGCCCAUGCUACAGAAGGAGGGUCACAAGGUCCUGAUCUUCUCCCAGAUGACUAAGAUGAUGGAUGUACUGGAGGACUUCUGUCUGUACCGCCAACACAAGUACUGCCGGCUGGACGGUACCAUGGCCUACCCCGACAGACAGGAACAGAUCGACACGUUCAACAGGGACCCUGAGUACUUUGUGUUCCUCCUGAGUACACGUGCCGGUGGGCUGGGCAUCAACCUGACUGCUGCAGACACUGUCAUUAUCUACGACUCUGACUGGAAUCCCCAGUGUGACCUGCAGGCGCAGGACCGGUGUCACAGGAUCGGCCAGACCCGCCCGGUGGUCGUGUACCGCCUGGUCACCGCUAACACCAUCGACCAGAAGAUCGUAGAGCGGGCAGCCGGCAAGAGGAAGCUGGAGAAGAUGGUCAUGCACAAAGGGAAGUUCAAAGGCGGAGAGUCGGGGACGAAGAAGUCACAGUCUCUCAUCGACCCUCACGAGCUGCUGGAGCUGCUGAAGUCACGUGACCAUGACGUGGUGAGGGACUGUAACGACGUCAUCUCCACCACGGCCCUGCGGACACUACUGGACAGGUCCGACCUGCUAGCCAGAUAUUUGGAGAACAAGGAGGAAGUGGAGAAACAGAAGAAGGGGAAGAGAAAGGUCAACCCCAAGGUCGCCCAGGAGGUGCCGGGGUUGUUCAAGGUCAUUGAGGAGGACACAGAAGGAACAGAACUCAAGAUCUUCAGUAACUAGGACACAAGGGCCAACACACCAUCCUACUAGUCAUAGCCUUUAACCUGGUAGUGCCUUUAAGAAGCACUAACAUAAGUGGUACUGAUAAUCUAUUUAAGGUACUAAGGUCUGCUAGUCAAACUCCUUUUUAGGGCUUUUCUACAUUUUUAAGAAAUCUGGCAAGUUUUCGAAAAGAUUUUCUAUUGUGCAUUUCCAUCUUUGUAAAACUUUCCGUGGGCAUACAUGUACAUUGACAGAAACCCUGGCUGUACUGAAAAUAUGGGACCAAUUUUUUGUUUUUCAAGUUGUCCUUUGAAAUUUAUCAAACUUUUUGUCCAUAAACUGUCCAGAAAGAAAAGACUUAACACUAGGUAUGGAACACCAAGACUUACAGGUGUUCAGACCGUUUUUUUUUACAAUGGUGCUUGUAUUAACAAAAGGUCUAUUUCAAAGAAGUGUAGUAAUAUUGUUUAUUGUUCAUAUGUUUGUUUAUUCAGCCUGUUCUGUUUUAUGACAAUAUACAUUGUGUAGAUGUAGUGAAGAUUUAGUUAUGUUCUUAGUUUGUUAUCUGUAUGAUAUUUAUUUGGCAGGUAGUUAUUAAUAGUAGAACCUAGCAGAGAAAAUAUGAAAAAUAUCCUAACAUCUAACCAUACAAAGAUAAGUCAAAUGGAUGCAAAGUCACGAAUUUGUGUCAUUUCUUUCACUGUACAUGAGUGUACUCUCUAGUGCUAUCUGUCAGCUCUUGCAAAAAUAUUCAAACGUUACAAAACCUACUUUGAAGUCUGUUAUGAUGCUGAUUUGGAGGAAAAUGUUCAGUUAUUACUUUUUCUGAAGCAGUCCAAUGGAAAGGGAAGUCCCUGGUAGCAUUUGUACCCUGCAUUUGUACCAUGUGGUGCAAAUUUUUUAGACCAUCCAUAUGUUUCAUAUGGUAUGAAAGCAAAGUACUGAUGUAUUUCUUCCCAAAGCACACAUCUCUACAGCGUUCUAGUUCUUUGUUCUAUGUUCACCUUUGUUAUUAUAGGUACGCACAAGACUUUAACAAACGUGGCAAUUUUAAGAGACAUAAGCUUAAAUAAAACACUUGUUUUAAGGU